AACGUCAGUUCGUGAAGCUCGACCAGAAGGCACGUUUUGAUACUCCUGCCGAUGUGCGAGGGAAGAUCAACAAGAUGUGUGGCCUCGCUCCCACCGAUGACAUCCUGCUCUUUGAGGAGAUAAAGUUUGAGCCGAGUGUCAUGUGCGAGGCCCUGGACCGCACGGUCACAUUCAAAGGCGCAGAGCUGGAGGAUGGCGACAUUGUGUGUGUGCAGCGCACCAAGCCACUCGCCCCAGAGGGUGCGGCUGGGGCUGCCAGGAGUGGUGAAAGUGCGGUAUCAGAUGGUGCCACUCUCUCCUUCCUGGAGUGA